AAGCGGUGUGUCCGCAUAAGACAACAUCAUUGUCCACAAUUUGCUUCAUUCACCGCUCAUUACGUUUUAUUCAAAAUGAAGACGCUUGUGUUCAGUUUAUUUGUGUGUUUCGCGGUACAAGUUCAUGGCUGGAGCCGUGGGGAUUUAGAGAAAUAUGGACCUUUUCAACUGGCCUUACAUUCCAAUCUUAUUAAAUGCAACCACGAUAGGAACCUGAACCUCGACGUUAGCGGCAUUGACGUCUACUUCUACGACUUCUCCAAGAUUGACGUCGAGAUGUUCACCAUCGAUGAAGCAGCUCAAGGCAUCCUGUCCAUCAAACACCUGGACAAGAAGAGAAAAUUUAUCAUUUACAUAGGAGGUUUUAAAUCUCAGAUCAAUAAGAGAUCUUAUGAGCAAGUUAGGAGUGCCUUUAGAGAACUAAGCGAUACUUAUCUCAUCAUGAUUGACCACUCCCAAUACACCCACAACAGGCAGGGCAGCAGGAAAAGCUAUGCUAGAUCGGUGAAAUACGUCCACUAUAUUGGUAAAGCAGUGGCUCAAAUGUUGGCGGGGUUAGCUAAAGGAGGUGUAUCUCCGAAGAACAUGCACGGUGUUGGCCACAGUCUUGGAGGGCAAAUAUUGGGUCAAAUAGGAGAGGAGUUCACCAAGCUUACUGGGAAGAAGAUCGCGAGGAUCAGUGCUUUGGAUCCUGCUGGCCCGUGUUUUGCAAACAGCUUUACCAACGACCAAGUAAGGGCUGGUAAUGCGGAGUACGUCGAAGUAUACCACUGCAAUGCUGGUGCGUUGGGCAGUUCAAGUGUUAUCGCUGAUAUCGACUUCUUUAUCAACAAGAAUGGGCGUUCCCAGCCGAACUGUGGUACUCCCUUGAUUCCUGGCGUGUUUGACUCCUCAAAGGCCGCCUCUUGCAGUCACAGGACCUGCAUCGACUUAUGGACGGCGUCAAUCAGACAUCCUGAUUGGUUCCCUGCUAGCAAGUGCAAUUCCUACGGGAACUUCAAGAAAGGUAGCUGUACCAUGAAUGAUAAAACUAUUGCCGGAUACUGGAACCCUGGUAAUGCUACUGGAAUGUACUACUUUACUACUGAAGGCUAUGACCUCAGUACAUAAAAGAAUGUUAGUAUGAAGAUAUCCACCAAAGUAUUUCGCCUAUUAAUGUAUCGUAGUUUUUAAGGUAUUUAUUGUAAAGAAAUAUAAUUUUUAAUAUUAUUUGGUAACA